AUGUUGAGCCACCUUGAGUGUAUAACUGCUGACUCGGAAACAUUGCUCGUGGUGGCCUAUGCGCGAGCAGCUUCAAAAUACGUCAUCUCUGAAAACGUCACAUCCCUAUCACUGCCUAUAUUAAACCCACCUUUUGCUUACAAUAUGCCAGUGUGCUCACUGUGGCCAGAGAAUCGGCCCUUCUUCAUUCAGAUGGAAAAUGAAAGGAUGAGACAAAUGGGGGACCUGAAGAGAAGAGUGGACUUUAUUGAUCAGGUCCAUCAACUGCUGUUGAAAGAGGUGGUGAAAACAAAUAGUGAAAGCGAGUUGUCAGACUCCAAAUCACCCUCCUACAAGCUGGAGAAAGAUGCAAACCAUUUUACUCUGAUGCUGGAUACCAAAGACUUUCUACCUGAAGAGCUGACUGUGAAACAGGUGGGAAGGAAACUGCUGGUGAGAGGAAAGCAUGAAAAGAAAGAUGAAGCCCGAGAUGGUUGCUACUCCUACAAAUACCAGGAGUUUAGACAGGAACUGGAGCUGCCAGAAGAUGUCAAGCUUGAUGCAGUGACCUGCUCCUUCUCCAAUGGGCAGCUACAGAUUGAAGUUCCAAGACUGGCACUGCCAGCUGUGACUGAGAGAACUGUUCCCAUCAAAACCAGCCCUGCAGUGAAGACACAGCAAGCGAGGAACACAGAGGAACAGGAAUAA